UCCAGUGAAGCGGGCCCGUUCCUCUCCGCCUCUCGACUACUCUCGCCCGUCCCCUUCCGUUUCCACCCAAGCAGACCGCCGGCGGGCGGCCUCCACACCCCCGCCUCCCACUUCUUCCUCCCUUGCUCGGCCGGCUCCGGCGACUCCUAUCCGCAUGCCUGGAGCCCCCACGCGCUCCUUCUCCCCCAACACUGACCCCCUCGAGUCUCGACUGAAGCAAACCCUAGCCUCCCGUGCGCCUCGUGCAAAUGGAUGCGGCGGGUCCUAGCCCGAAGCGGAGGAGAUCGGCCUCGCCCGGUGUGGAAGAAGACGGAGGAUGCGCCGACUACAUCAGCGCCCUCCCCGACGCCGUGCUCGGCGACAUCAUCUCCCUCCUCCCCACCAAGGAAGGCGCCCGCACCCGAAUCCUCGCGUCCCGGUGGCGCGACCUCUGGCUCUCCGCCCCUCUUAAUCUCGACUGCCGUGAGCUCACCGCCGGCAGGAAUGAAGUCCGCUCCGACGUCGUCUCCCGCAUCCUUUCCUCCCACCGGGGACCCGGCCGUCGUCUCUACAUCAACACCUGCAUCCACUGGAUACUAGCAGACACCGUGGAAGCUUGCCUCCGAUCCGCCGCUCUGGACAACCUUGAGGAGCUUGAUUUCAUCAACCAUCUGUUAGAGAAACCACAGCGGGCAUUGAUCCUCCGCUUCUCGCCCACCCUCCGUGUUGCCAACAUUGGUGGAUGCAACCUCUCGGACGUCAACUUCCAUGAGCUCCACCUUCACUUCCCCUUGCUUAAGCAGCUCGGUCUUGUAAAUGUCAUGAUCUCGGAGAGCUCGCUGCAUAGCCUGAUUGCCGGGUGCCCAGCUCUCGAGUGCUUGCUGAUUGACAUGUGCUCUGGCUUCCGCCGCAUCCGAAUAAACUCCCCAACUAUGAGAUGCAUGGCUGUGAGAGAAUAUGGGAUACCGAUAGAGUCACUGCUGCUUGAACAAAUCGUCAUUGAGAAAGCUCCUUGUCUUGUGAGGCUGCUCUUUGAGAGGGGCAGUAUUCUGCAGGUAACCGUACUCGCAGCUCCUAAACUGGAGACUUUAGGCUUCAUUAGUGAUAAGUGCAGGUCAGGUGAAUUGUCCAGACUCAUGAUUGGCUCCACUGUUCUUCAGGGAUUGUGUGUUGAUAACCUGAUAACAGUGGUACAAACUGUCAAGAUUUUGGCUCCUGAUAUGCACAAUCUUAGUUUGGAUACUGUUAUUGAAUUGAUGAGAUGCUUUCCGUGCUUGGAGAAGUUGUACAUUCAGAUGCCUAGUUUGGGAGGUGUGCGUUUUGAAGAAUUAGUUAGUAGUGAUAGCCAUAUGACAGAGUUGGAUAAGUGUUUUUUGAGGCCCGGGCUCCCAGAGAAGCUCCAUGAAAGGAACCAAGAGGAAAUUCAACAAGAUUUUUUCCGGUUGCGUGGAAGGUGGGAUUGGAUUGUUAAACUCAAAUACAUGAAAGCCGGGGUUUUGGAUCACCUGUUCUUACCGAGUGUCCAAAAAUAAAAUUUCAGCAGAAGCAAUAUGAUGACCAUGUUAAGAGAUACCUGAAGGACACGGAAUUUUUUAACAAGAAUAUCUUCAACUUUUGGUGGAUGAAGUCUCUCUGGAGCCCUAUACCAGCUGAGCGAGCACCACGAUAGAGUGCAGCAUCGGUGAGGAGUGGCGCAAGCUCAAAGAAAGUGAGUGAAGACGGCGAUGACUUUAUGCCAAGCAAACGAGGUCAGGACUGAGGCAAGGCUCAUGUUGCAUCUGACAGGGGUGGCCGUAGAAGAAAGUGAGAGCGGCGACGAUGACUUUAUGCCAAGCAAAAAAGCUCAUAACAGAUCGAAGGGUUGUGAAAGCUCAAAGAAUGGUAGAUUAAGUAAGAGUGUAGCAUCAUUGAAGGGCGCCGAUGCUGAUUACGAUUC